CAGAAGCAUAUCAAAAUCAUUAGUAUUGCAAAGAGCUCCACUAUAAUAUAUCUACCUGAAGUUCUCUCCUCAGCUUGGUUAAACCAUGGCUUACAUCAAUUUAUCAAAAAUCAUUUUUUCAUUAAUGGUUCUAGCUAUAUUGUCAACCAAGAGUAACACAAUGGUUCUCGGGGCACGCAAUCUUCUAGAGUCGAACAUACCUGAGGUUCCGAAACUUGAUUUUCCACCUAUACCAAAGCCUGAGCUUCCAACGAUUCCUGAAUUACCUAAGCCAGAAUUACCUAAGGUACCUGAACUUCCAAAGCCUGAGCUACCUAAGUUUAAUGUUCCUGAAUUGCCAAAACUCGAGUUUCCCAAACUCCCUGAGUUGCCUAAAGUUCCCGAGUUGCCUAAGUUCCCUGAAUUGCCCAAACCUGAACUACCUAAAGUCCCCGAAUUGUCUAUGCCGGAAAUUCCAAAGAUACCCGAAUUACCAAAGCCUGAGUUACCUAAACUUAAUGCCCCUGAAUUGCCAAAACUCGAGCAACCUAAAGUCCCUGAAUUGCCAAAACAUGAACUACCUAAAGUCUCUGAGUUGCCCAAACCAGAUAUCCCUAAGGUACCUGAAUUGCCAAAACCCGAGCUACCUAAGGUACCUGAAUUACCAAAACCCGAGCUACCUAAGGUACCUGAGUUGCCCAAACCAGAAAUACCAAAGGUACCUGAAUUACCAAAACUAGAGUUACCUAAAGUACCUGAAUUGGCAAAACCUGAACUACCGAAAUUCAAUGUCCCUGAACUACCAAAACCCGAGUUACCUAAAGUCCCUGAAACUCCUAAAGGUGUUCCAACCAAUACUCCUUAAGUUGGAACUAGUUCCUUUCAUUGCAUAUGCUAAAGUCAUAUAUAGUUUUAUAUACUAUAUUGUGUCUAAAGCUCAUCUUUUGUGAUGGGCGUGAUAUUGUUUAUACAUAUUUUUAAUUCCGAAUUAUAUGUUGUAGAUCACAGAGUGGUUGUUAAGGUUUAGCUUGAACCUUAUUAAGAAUACAUAUUAUGUUUAGUUUGAGCUUAAUUAAAUCGAUUGUACUACUUUUUAUUGUUGGUCAUAUCCUUCAUGUAUAAAUGUUGUUGAAUUUAAUCAUAUUGUAUUUUAGUGAGAAACAUCCAGGAUUUUCAAA